GCUCCGCUUUGAACUUCACUCGCUAGUCGCAGCUGCAACCAAACUUCAGAAUCGAAAAUGGAGAACGCGGGCGUGUUGAUGACGUGUCCAAUGUCAUCCUAUCUGGAAGCGCAACUCCAAAAGCGGUUCAAGCUCUUCCGAUUCUGGGACGCUCCUUCCGAGCCCGAUUUCCUGAAGCACAACACCGGCUCAAUCCGAGCCGUAGUCGGAAACGCCUCGUGCGGGGCUGAUUCAUGCCUCAUCGAUUCCCUGCCCAACCUGGAAAUCGUCUCCACCUACAGCGUGGGUUUCGAUAAGAUUGACUUGGCUAAAUGCAGAGAGCGGGGCAUUAGAGUUACCAACACUCCCGAUGUGCUUACUGACGAAGUCGCCGAUACCGCAAUCGCACUGGUCUUGGCUACGUUGAGGAGAAUAUGCGUGGCUGAUAGGUUCGUAAGGAGUGGAUUGUGGAGGAAUGGCGAUUUUGAGCUCGCUACUAAGUUCAGUGGUAAAUCAGUUGGCAUACUUGGAUUAGGCAGAAUUGGUACAGCAAUAGCUAAGAGAGCUGAAGCAUUUGGCUGCAGAAUUAGCUACACCGCCAGGUUGAAGAAGCCAAAUAACAACUACAAAUACUGCUCGAGUGUUGUAGAUUUGGCUGCCAAUUGCCAAAUCCUUGUUGUUGCUUGUUCGUUGACAGAAGAAACCCGGCACAUCAUCAAUCGUCAGGUGAUUGAUGCAUUAGGUCCCAACGGCAUUCUCAUCAAUAUAGGGCGAGGCUCUCAUGUAGAUGAACCUGAACUUGUGUCUGCUUUACUUGAAGGCCGUUUAGGUGGGGCUGGGCUUGAUGUUUUCGAGAGUGAGCCUGGCGUGCCUGAACAGUUUCUUGGGCUAAAAAACGUUGUUCUUCUGCCUCACGUUGGAAGUGACACUGUUGAAACUUGCAGAGCCAUGGCUGAUCUUGUCAUUGCAAAUCUGGAGGCUCAUUUUCUUAACAAACCAUUACUCACUCCUGUGGUUUGAGCAUGCUAUGAUAUCCCCUUCAUAAGUUUAUUACUUUAGCUGGCCUUCUUUACUACCUCAGACCUCUUCAGAUUUCUCUAAUGUCAUAUUCUCUUUCUUGGUGUUAGGAUCAAACACUUACCAAAAGCUAUAACUAGUAGCAAAGGCGCAACUUUAUUGACUUGACCCUUUACUGGUCUUUGCCUAACAAUUCCCUUAGCCACAUGGUGUUGGAUUUGGUCUUUUACUGGCCUCCACCCAACACUUGGCUACAUAAAAAUCUCAGCUCUUUCUUUACAAUAGAGUCCUGGAGGCUUGAAUUCCUGAAAUUAGGUCUUGCAGGUCUGCAUUUGACUAAAUGCCUAUUGAUAUUAGCAUAUGCAAUCAGUUCAUCUGCAGUAUUGUUUUUCUCAUGCCUCCAUAAUUGCUGAAGCAAGGUAUCAGAUUAGAUGACUACCAAUAAAACAGUGGAGAAAGUGGAGCAGAGAACAUAAAGAUAGGAUAUGAGGUGCUUAAUGUCCUUUAAUAUUGUAUUCAUCAAUUGAUCUAUUUGUCUUGAGCAUAGGUUUCCAGAUUAUACUGAGAUAUAAUAGAUUUCAUAUCAUUACUAUCUAGGCAGCAUGGUUUUCAGGGCCAUUUAUUGCAAUGAAUGUGCUCGUGUAACUUGUUAUAUGCUAGUGGCAUAAACUUGGUCAUUAUUUCACUUGUAUUUUUUAUAUUAAAUUUUUUACAAUAAAUAUUACAAUUUAUUUAUAUUUCACA